UAUUUUCUCCCUCCACUCCUUUCUUCUCCUACUACAACCUCGCCCGCCUGCCUUCCCGCCGGGCAUGCCCUGAUCUGGCCGGUGGCCACUCCUCGCGCUUGCUUGCUGGCUUGCUGGCUAGCUGGCUUUCCCAGCUGCGGGUCGGAACCGUCCUCCCUCCGGCCAGUGAGCGAGUGGAGUGCUCCCUCCUCUUCCUCCUCCUCCUCUCCCUCCUCCACCUCUUCCUCCUCCUCUGCCUGACUUUGCAACAAACAGCACGAUCCGAUCCCGGAGCACCGACCUCUGCGUGUGCUAAGAGGCGCGGGGAGCCCAGCCGCCGACAGCCGGACGCAACGUUGGCACAGCUCUGACAUGCUCUGGGAAGCCCGGAGCUGAGCGCACCCAGCACCCAGCACCCAGCACUCGGCACCCAGCACUCAGCACCACUACCACCAACGCCGGGCAAGCCUCGCCAGCAGGUCCCUCGCGCUCCAGGCUCCUGGGGGUCGCCUCUUCGGCUCCUACUGCUGCUGUUUCUGCUGCACUUGCAAGGGGCACCUCCGUGCACCACCCCCUUGGACCCCUCUUCUUCUCCCGCGCCCCGGCGGGGCCUCGGCUGCCCAAACCAUGCUGCUGAAGGAAUAUCGCAUCUGCAUGCCGCUCACCGUGGACGAGUACAAGAUCGGGCAGCUGUACAUGAUCAGCAAGCACAGCCAUGAGCAGAGCGACCGAGGAGAAGGUGUGGAGGUGGUGCAAAACGAACCCUUCGCUGACCCACACCAUGGCAAUGGACAGUUCACCGAGAAGCGAGUCUAUCUCAAUAGCAAACUGCCUAGCUGGGCUCGAGCUGUUGUUCCCAAAAUAUUUUAUGUCACUGAAAAGGCUUGGAACUAUUACCCGUACACCAUCACAGAAUACACAUGUUCCUUCCUGCCAAAAUUCUCCAUUCAUAUAGAGACCAAGUAUGAAGACAACAAAGGAAGCAACGACAGUAUUUUUGACAAUGAGGCCAAAGACUUGGAGAGAGAAGUUUGCUUUAUUGACAUAGCCUGCGACGAGAUUCCAGAACGUUACUACAAAGAGUCUGAGGAUCCUAAACACUUCAAGUCCGAGAAGACGGGCCGUGGGAAGUUGAGAGAAGGCUGGAGAGACAACCAUCAGCCCAUCAUGUGCUCCUACAAACUGGUGACCGUGAAGUUCGAGGUCUGGGGGCUGCAGACCAGAGUGGAACAAUUUGUACACAAGGUGGUUCGCGAUAUUCUGCUAAUCGGACACAGACAGGCUUUUGCGUGGGUCGAUGAGUGGUAUGACAUGACGAUGGACGAAGUGCGUGAGUUCGAACGAGCCACUCAGGAAGCCACCAAUAGGAAAAUCGGCCUUUUCCCACCCGCGAUUUCCAUCUCCGGCAUCUCCCUGCUGCCUUCAUCUGUGCGCAGCGCCCCAUCCAGUGCACCCUCCACGCCGCUCUCCCCGGAUGCACCCGAAUUUCUGUCCGUUCCCAGAGAUCGGCCUCGGAAAAAGUCGGCCCCAGAAACUCUCACGCUGCCAGACCCCGAGAAGAAAGCCACCCUGCCUCUGCCCCGUGCACAUUCCUCGGAGAAGCCAAGUCGGCCCAAGUCAGAGUAACCUCCCACGUC